AUGUCAGAAAACCAAAAGGAGGUAUCGCCUCCUCAAGCCAUAUCGGUCAAAUCCGAGGCAAGCUCUAGUAUAUUUUCCAAACCUAUCUCCACAUCAUCACCCGCUGGGUUAGCAGCCGCUCAAAGAGUUACGCCCGGGAAACUGUCCACUUUAUUACUAGAAAUGGGACCAUUGGCCAUUAGACACAUUACACAGACCUUAUGCCUAGAUAUUCCCUGUUUUAAAGAUUUAUCAUCUUCCAAGCAAAGACGACUUAUAAUGAGUGCUAUGGAAAGUGGUGAUAAAGAAAAAUCAGUGGUAUUUGAAAAAAUUGGAUGGGGUCAAUGGUCCGCGAAAAGAGUAGACCCUGCCAACUUUGAUAAGGAGCUGGAAGCGACCAAUUUUGCAAAUGCAAAGGUGAAAGACUUGAUUUCUCAAGAGAGUCAAAGAAGGAAAAGCAACAAUUCAAAUUCUAAUUCAGGCGGCAAAGUUGAAAUGCCUAUGAAAGUUGAGCAUAAUAUCACGAAUAUCGAUGGAGCCACCACCCCGCCUACCGCUGUUGCUUCCACCACCAUUCCUGUUAAUAUCAAACGCAGCAAAUCUCCACUUGCAGCAGCAAACGUAGUAUAUAUAGAUGAAAAUGCGCUAGCAUCGGAAGAUGAGGAUGAGGAGUUUGAUGAAGAUGACCAUCAUUUACAUUACCAAAACAAAUCGAGGAACAGCAGUAAUAAUUUUGGAAAAUCUUCAAAUGGUGAUCCCUAUAGUUUCGGCAGGAGAAGGUCUCAAGUUGUGUUCGCCGAUUCAACUCCCGAGAAUAUUGAGCAUGAAAUAAUAGCACAAAAGAUUAGACCGCUAUUAAGAAAUAGACGCCGUUCGAGCAUAAAACCACAUACACCUUUCAUUUCCAAACUAAACACACACCAAGAUUCAUCCUACCUUUCCCCCAAUACAACCUCAACGACAACCCCAUCAAAUAACAACAGUAACUCAAACCAGGCGAAGAUAGAUUUAGAGAAACUUACUGCGACAAGUGAGCCAACUUCAAGAAGAGCUUCUCGUCUGUCUGUAUCGAAAGAAUCAAGUAUUAGAUCGACACUUUUCCCAAACAAAAACUAUUUGAUCGUCACUACAAACCCUAACUCUAAAGCUACGUCGGUUUCCACCUCCCCUAAGCUAGAAGAACAGAUGAAUGUAAGUUCAAAUCCGAUAGUAUUAUCGGACAAGGAGAAACAUAGAGUAGCUUCACAACACCUGAAUGGGGAAUCGUCGCCACAACUUGUUCCCCAUUCUCAUCAUCAACCUCACUCAGAUACAGACGAAGAAGACUGGGAAUCAAUUGGUGCAGCUUCUCUGAGAAAUAACAGUUUAGCACCUAACAUAGACAGCGUAGCAAGUUCUACUAAUGGCGUAGUUAGCCCUAAACCUACAAAUCCAAGUUUUACUAACUCUCAGAAUGGAGAUAUUGAGCCUCCCCUACAACACGACCAACAGAAACAUGAACAGCAGCCAAGAAAUGGGGAAGACAAUAGUGCUGCGUUUUUAUUAAUGAGCUUAAAAUCUUAA